GCAACCAUUGACGCCAUGUUGGGUUAUUUGAGUGACUGAGACUGCACCUGCGACCUAGGGUUUUGUGUCCCUCGAUUUGGAGGAAGUAGGGCAGAGCCCUUAUCUGGAGAGAAGUUUGGAAACCCUGCGGAGAAAUUGGUUAAAAAGAAGUGGAAUCUUAAUGAGCUGCCCAAAUUUGAGAAUUUUUAUCAAGAACAUCCUGAUUUGGCUAGGUGUACAGCACAAGAGGUAGAGACAUACAGAAGAAGCAAGGAAAUGACAGUUAGGGGUCACAACUGCCCAAAGCCAGUCCUGAAUUUUUAUGAAGCGAACUUCCCUGUAAACGUCAUGGAUGUGAUUGCAAGGCAGAACUUUACUGAACCCACAUCUAUUCAAGCUCAGAGAUGGCCAGUUGCUCUAAAUGGAUUGGAUAUGGUUGGGGUAGCAGAAACUGGAUCUGGGAAGACACUGUCUUAUUUGAUGGCUGCCAUUGUCCACAUCAAUCACCAGCUAUUCCUACAGAGAGGUGAUGGGCCUAUUUGCUUGGUCCUGGCACCAACUCUGGAACUGGCCCAACAGGUACAGCAAAUAGCUGCUGAAUACUGUAGAGCAUGUCCCUUGAAGUCCACUUGUAUUUAUGCUGGUGCUCCCAAGGGACCACAAAUACGUUAUUUGGAGAGAGAUGUGGAAAUCUGUAUUGCAACAUCUGGAAGACUUACUGACUUUUUAGAAUGUGGGAAAACAAAUCUAAGAAGAACCACCUACCUUGUCCUUCAUGAAGCAGAUAGAAUGCUUGAUAUGGGAUUCGAACCCCAAAUAAGGAAGAUUGUUGAUAAGAUAAGACCUAAUAGGCAAACCCUAAUGUGGAGUGCUACUUGGCCAAAAGAAGUAAGACAGCUUGCUGAAGAUUUCCUGAAAGACUAUAUUCAUACAAACAUUGGUGCACGAGAACUGAGUGCAAAUCAAAACAUUCUUCAGAUUGUGAAUGUGUGUCAUGAUGUAGAAAAGGAUGAAAUGCUUAUUCAUUUAAUGGAAGAGAUCAUGAGUGAGAAGGUGAUUAAAACCAUUGUUUUUGUUGAAACCAAAAGAAGAUGUGAUGAACUCACUAGAAAAAUGAGGAUAGAUGUGUGGCCUGGCAUGGGUGUCCAUGGUGACAAGAGUCAACAGGAACGUGACUGGGUUCUAAAUGAAUUCAAACAUGGAAAGGCUCCUAUUCUGAUUGUUACAGAUGUGGCCUCCAGAGGGCUAGAUGUGGAAGAUGUGAAAUUUGUCAACAAUUAUGACUACCCUAACUCCUCAGAGAAUUACAUUCAUCGAAUUGGAAGAACUGCUCGCAGUACCAAAUCAGGCACAGCAUACACUUUCUUUACACAGAAUAAAAAGCAAGUGAGCAACCUUAUCUCUGUGCUUCGUGAAGUUAAUCAAGCAAUUAAUCCCAAAUUGCUUCAGUUGGUCGAAGACAGAGGUUCAGGUCGUUCCAGGGGUAGAGGAGGCAUGAAGGAUGACCGUCGGGACAGAUACUCUGUUGGCAAAAGGGGUGGAUUUGAUACAUUUAGAGACAGGGAAAAUUAUGACUGAGGUUACUCUAGUCUGCUUAAGGGAGAUUUGGGGGCAAAAACUCAAAAUGGUGUUUACAGUGCUACAAAUUACACCAAUGGGAGCUCCGGAACUAAUUUUGUGUCUGCUGGUAUACAGAGCAGUUUUAGGACUGGUAAUCCAACAGGUACUUACCAGAAUGGAUAUGAUAGCACUCAGCAAUAUGGAAGUAAUGUUCCAAAUAUGCACAAUGGUAUGAACCAACAGGCAUAUGCAUAUCCUGCUACUACAGCUGCGCCUAUGAUUGGUUAUCCAAUGCCAACAGGAUAUUCUCAAUAAAACUUUAGAAGUAUAUGUAAAUGUCUGUCU